AUGGUAUCCUUUACACAAAUAGCGUUCCUAGCAUUGGCCACUGGCCUUGCCACCGUCGAUGCCCAGACCAAAACCGGAAAGACCACCAGAUACUGGGACUGCUGCAAAGGCUCAUGUGGAUGGUCAGGAAAGGCCGCCGUGAGCCAGCCUAUCCAGUCGUGCGACAAGUCAGACAACCCUCUCGCGGAUAUGGCCGCUAAGAAUGGCUGUGAGAAUGGUGGACAAGCAUACAUGUGCACCAACCAGAGUCCCUGGGCGAUUAAUGAUCAGCUGGCAUACGGCUUCGCUGCUGUCAAGCUGGCUGGACAGACUGAGAGUAACUGGUGUUGCGCUUGCUACGAAUUGACGUUCACAUCCGGCCCUGUCAGCGGCAAGAAGAUGAUCGUGCAAACCACCAACACCGGCGGCGACCUUGGCCAAAACCACUUUGACAUCGCGAUGCCAGGCGGUGGCGUAGGACUCUUCAACGCGUGUACGAGUCAGUGGGGAGCGCCGCCUCAGGGUUGGGGUCAGCAAUACGGCGGCAUCUCAUCUCGCUCAGCGUGUGAUAGUUUCCCCGAGAAGUUGAAGGCCGGAUGUUAUUGGCGGUUUGACUGGUUUGGCGGCGCGGAUAACCCUGAUGUUAGCUUUAAGGAGGUUACUUGUCCUAAGGCGCUGACAGACAAGAGUCGCUGUAUUCGCAAUGGGCAGACUCCUACGUAG